ACGUUGUAACAAUUUCACCAUUUCAGACACUUUACUUAUCCUAUAAAAAACUCAUAAAAAUAAAAGGAAAUUCGGAGUCUGAAAUUUCUUUAGAAAUACUGCUAUCUUUUGAGUUAUAAUCACGCCCACCCAGUCCAAAAAAAAAAAAGGGUGUCAUUUCUCGUCUCCCUGGUUUGUGUUAUCUCUUUAAUCUACUAGGGUUUAUCUGCAAAAAUCAAUCUUCGGUUUUUAGGGUCAGGAUUUGGUGCUUCUUGAUCACAAUGGCGGACUCAGCGACGGUAAUCGACGUGGAUGAUCAUCCGAAGGUCCCCAAGACGGAUAGCCAAGAUCAACCCAAGAGGACCGGGAAGCGAAAGAGAGCAUCAUGGGUUUCGGAGACCUUGAGCGAUGAACAAAGAGAGGCCCAGAUCAAGGAAUUGAAGCAAGAAAUGGACGGGCUUUAUGGGUAUUACAAAGAAGUAAUGGAGCCGAAAUCGGGUUUCGGAAUGGGUUUUGGUUUGGGAUUAGUUGAGUCCGGUCCAUUGAAUUCAGUGGUUGCGGUUCUGAUGGAGGAGAGUGAUUUGCCGCUGUCGAGAUUGGUGGAAGCAAUUCAUGAAAAGGUGAAGGACAGCAUGGGGAAUGUGAGUUUGGCCGCGGUGAAAAGCGCGGUGCUAUUUGUAGGGCAGAGAGUGAAAUAUGGGUUGGGUAGUGAAGAUGCUGAUAUUUUGGAGGACGAUGCCAACUCUUCUCUUUGGUGUUGGGAGACUAGAGAUGUAAAGUUGAUGCCAAAAUCUGUGCGUGCCACUUUAAAAAUUCGGCGUACUUGUAGGAAGAAGAUUAAUGAGAGAUUUACUGCCGUUUCUGCAAUGAUAACACUGUUACAAAAGUGGGAGAAUGAUCAGAACUACAAGCAUGAUUUCAUGAAAGCAUCAGAAAAGCUUGUCAAAGUAUUAAGUGAGGCAGAAAUUCGCUUGUUAAUGUGUAACAUGUUACAGAAGAGUGGUGCUGAGAUGGCUGAGAAAGAAGCAAAGCGAGAAGAAAAAUUGUUAAUUAAGCAAUUCGAGAGAAAUAGAAGAGAAAUUGAGAAGGAGAAGAAGAAAGUGGACCGUGAACUCCAAAAGGAAAAGUUGCAAAAUGAAAAGGAGAGAAAGCGGUUGCAGGAGGAAGUGGAAAAGGAUGAAAGGCGUCGUGAAAGAGAGGAGGCUGAGAUGAGGAAGCAGCUGAGAAAACAGCAAGAGGAAGUUGAGAGAGAUCAACGAAGGCGUGAGAAGGAAGAGGCAGAAUUGAAAAAGCAACUUUCAAUUCAAAAGCAAGCUUCACUUAUGGAGCGCUUCCUCAAAAAGUGUAAAACAUCACCAAGACAGAUUGAACAAUUGACUAAGCCAGCCACAUUUUGUCCAUCCACCCAGAAGAGUGAAAAGGUACCUGAAGCAAUUACUCUGUUGAUGGACACCACUCUUUCAUCCAAAGGAGAAACUUAUAUGGAUGAUCUCCGCAAGUUGCAUUUAUCUUCUUGGCGCCACUUAGGUCAUUUUCUUCAUUCAAAUCAAAAACAGUGUUGGGGCAUGCGUAGGAAACCUAAGACUGAAUUGUUUAAGGAACUUAAGUUAACUGCUAAUAAAGGGUCAUCCCAUGAUGAAUUGAGCGUUGAAAGGAUUAUAGAUGGAUGGGGAGAAGAGAAUUCUGAUGAUAGAUCAUGCUUUAACCCUGAUAUCUCAGCUGCUGAUGUUAAGUGCUGUGGGAGGAAGCAGUUGUUGCAGUUUGAUAAGAGCUACAGACCUGCAUUUUUUGGUAUUUGGCCUAAGAAAAGUAAUGUUGUGGGACCUCGCUGCCCAUUGAGGAAGGACCCAGAUUUAGACUAUGAUGUUGAUAGUGAUGAAGAAUGGGAGGAGGAGGAGCCAGGUGAAAGCCUCUCAGAUUGCGAUAAAGAUGAAGAAGAGGAAAGUUUUGAAGGAUGCUCUAAAGCUGAUGAUGAAGAUGAAAGUGAAGAUGGAUUUUUUGUACCAGAUGGAUAUCUCUCAGAAAAUGAGGGGGUACAAGUUGAUGGGACUGGAACUGAUGUUGCACUUGAAGAGACCAAAAGUUCCCCUAUGAGUGAGCAAGACGGGCAGAAUGAGGAGUUUUAUACUUUUCUUAGGCAACAGAAGUAUCUAAACAGUUUAACUGAGCAUGCACUUCAAAAAAAUCAACCCUUGAUUAUAUUAAAUAUAUCACAUGAAAAGACCUCAGUGCUAAUGGCUGAAGAUCUUACCAAUACUUGUAAAUUGGAGCUGACAUGCUUGCAAGCUCUGAGCAUGCGUGCAUGUCCUGAUGGCUCACCUGUAGAGAUAUCAGUAGAUAGCAUUGCAGAUGACAAUCAAGAAGCUUGUUUGUCAAGUAGCAAGGCCAGUACAACACCAGUCUUAACAGUGGCACCUAUUCUAGACUCAGAUAUGCCUCUAAUUGUAUCGACUAUUCAGUCAUGCUCCCUUGGUAUCAAUAGGUUGGUAGAGUCUUUGCAACAAAAGUUUCCUUCAAUUCCAAAGUCUCAAUUAAAAACCAAAGUGCGUGAGAUAUCAGAAUUCUCUGAUAAUCGUUGGCAGGUCAAGAAAGAAAUCUUACAGAAACUUGGCAUUCCAAUUUCACCAGAGAAGGGUGGUGGAAGAACCAAAACUAUUGCUGCAUUUUUCUCAAAAAGGUGCUUGCCUCCUUCUGAUAAGAGUAUCAGCCCCAUUGACACCUCUCCUCAGCAGUUACUGAAGCCCAGUUCUGCUGCCCAGGAGCAGCAGAGUUAUACAUACAACCAUACAUAAUAGCCUUGUCUCACUCUUUUUAGCUCUUUAUUUCCUUGCUCUUAACCUUUUUUGCUCUCUCAACUUAUGGUAUACAUUGCAAGUAAUCUUGAUGGAAGCUCAAUGUAGUAAAAUUUUGUGCACAUGAUAGAAUGGAUUAGGCGAGGAAUCUGAACUUCGGUCCAUCUUGUGUAUGAAGUCUUUCAUAGUGCAUGAUAUAGGAGAGGCUCCCCUCAGAUCUUGGAGAUAACUGCAGCCGAUGUGUUCUGAAUAUUUUGCUUGUAACCUUGCAAUUCUAGUAAAGUCGUGACGUAUUGGCCUCUUUAUAAUUUGGUUGGGGAUUAUAAUUUUAAUUUGAUAAGUUUUAAGGA